CUAACUGGGAAAUCGAUGAACGAAGAAGUCUUGCCAUCCAAAGUUAGGGUUUUAUCUGUUAACUCAGUUUGCCCCAGAGCUCCCAGGGCGGCCGCCGUCUCCGUUUCAGGAAGGAUGGAUUCACAGAUAAAGCAUGCAGUGGUGGUGAAGGUGAUGGGGAGGACGGGAUCGCGUGGUCAGGUCACUCAGGUCAGAGUGAAGUUCACUGAUUCGGAUCGUUACAUCAUGAGGAACGUCAAAGGCCCUGUCCGUGAGGGCGACGUCCUCACCCUCCUCGAGUCCGAGCGCGAAGCCAGGAGGCUCCGUUGAUCUUUUUUACCAAAAGUUUUUGUCUCAGUAUCAAUCUCUGCCUGUCUUCUUUCUUCUUAGUUUUGUUUCAGUUUCAGACAUGUUCAAGGAGAUGAUGGAUCUAUGAAUCUUAUGAUGUGCCUUUGGAAUAUCAAUUCGUUUGAUUAAAAUUUACAAGUAAUUUUUUAUU